AUGUCUCAGCAAAGAGAUCCCUACGGUAUCCCCAUCAACCCACACCGAUCCUACGAGCAGUACGGCGCCAACGCUGUCACAGCAUUCCAGAUGAACGAAGGCGGAGGCUUUCUCGAAACACGCGGCCAGGGUUACGCCGAAAACAUGACCACAGAGGGCGCUCCCCGCCGAGAGCAGCAGAUGAAGACGGAGAACAUCGCCGACCAGCAGGGCUCGGACACCCAGAGGUAUGGCUCUGACAGCCGCGACGACGACAUGUACGGCAUCGGACUCGGCGGCGGCGACCGCCACCACAUCCCCGGCGAUCUCGAGACGAGCCCGACCGAUAAGUCGUCGCAGCGUCGCCGGGAUGAGGAUCUGUAUGACCGAGACACUGGUCUCCAGCAGCAGCAGUAUGACCGAGACACGGGCCUCCAGCAGCAGCAAGGGCGCCAGCAGGGCUUCCAGCAGCAGUCGACUGAACAGGGCCAAAAGGGGGACAGCAUGCUCGGCAAGAUGAUGGAAAAGACCGGCGGGGUUCUCGGUAGCAAGCGCCUGGAAGAGCAGGGUCGUGAGAAACGAAACGACCCAAGGAACUAUGACUGA